AUGACUCAAGAAAGAAAUAUGUGGAUAGAGAGAAAUAUGAAAGGCCAGUUUAGAGACAUUGUUUUAUUAAUGUGUACAUACAUCCAAGUUACAUACAGUCGUCCAAUACAAAUUGAUAGUUUUUACCAAUUCUGGAAAACUGUAGACAAGCAGUCUAUACCACAGACUCAAGCCUUACAGAAAUUAUCAUCAUUGACUAUAGAAUCAUUUUGUGAAACAGACGAAAUCCUUGAUUCCAUUCCAAGUAAACAAUCGUGUGAUGAGUACAUUCAAACAUUAUCAUCAAAAUUGUCAUGUCCGGUAACAGCAGUAACUUCUGACAGACAUAUAAAAAAUCCGAACAAAUUUAUGAAGGCGUUAAUAAAAAAUACUAUUGUAAAUUUAAAUGACUAUAAUAGAUUAGUCCAGCUAUUGGCUGAUGAAUACAGUAAAUCUACGGAAAAUUGUCAAGAUAAAAUCUGCCGUCAGUUGAAUUCACUAAGCUCUAACUUGAACAGUUUGAUAAAAUCCAUAACCUUCAAGAUAAAACAGUAUUUCCACAUAAACAUUUUGAAGAAACAGUCUGAAAAAAGUUUCAGUUUAAAAGACAGAAGCCAAGUAGAGAAAGUAGCGACUCUUUAUUGUUUAUUUACACAACUAAAAGAGGCCGAAUCGGCUCUGGAAUUCACAGUCAAAAGUACCUGGGAUGUCCAGAUACGAAAAAUGGCUAAUUUUCAAAACAAGAAGAAAAGACCAAAGUUGGUCAAGAGACGUCUCAACUUAGGAUUAUAAAUUAUCAGUGUGAAAGUUUAAGGGUGUAUGUUUGGUGUGUUUGAAUG